AUGGCUACCGAAGAAGGUGAAAGCGGCCCCAAGCAUCUCAAUAGCUCUGAGUUGCUCAAGAAGAUCGACAAGCUGAGAGAGAAAAACAUUGGAAAGCAUGUUCCCCUUCCUCAGUUGGUUGUUGUUGGAGACCAGAGUUCUGGAAAAUCCUCUCUUCUGGCAAGCCUGACCAAGAUUCCGUUUCCUCGUGACUUGGAACUUUGCACUCGUUAUGCCACGCAGAUAACCUCCCGUCGUGAGGACGAUCGCUCGGUCGAAAUCUCGAUAAUCCCUGCCGGCGAUGCAUCCGGGGAGCACAGGGCGAAAGUACAGGGCUUUAAAAGGACCCUCAGAGGCACCGAAGACUUUCGCUCGGAAUUCCCAGCAAUCCCGAAGGAGGUCGACGAGUGUAUGGGCAUACGUACUGACCUUUCGUCUAAGGAAGGAUCGGUCUUCAGCAAAGAUGUGCUCCGGAUCGAGCUGUGCGGGCCCGAAGAGGACUACCUGACCGUCAUAGAUGUGCCGGGAAUCUUCAGAGACCCGACGGCUGGCAUUACGACUGAGAGUGAUAUCGAGCUAGUUCGAAACAUGGUCAAGAACUAUAUCAAAGACGCUCGCACCGUGAUCUUGGCUGUGCUCCCGAGCAACGUCGAUCUUGCUACCCAGGAGAUCCUCAAGCUGGCCAAAGAUUAUGAUGGAAAUGGAGAGCGUACGCUUGGUGUGCUAACCAAACCGGAUCUGGUGAUCGAGCAAAGCGCCAAGGCAGCUUUGUGCUCACUGGUCCUGGGGCACAAGAGACCGCUGACACUUGGCUAUUACUUGGUUAGAAACCAGGGCGCAGAUCAGGACACGUCUUUCAGUGGUGAGGAAGGAGAAAGAAUGUUUGACAGCCAGCCUUGGAAUACCUUGCCGAGAGACCGUAUUGGCAUCCAGGCUCUAAGAGAACGGCUGGGAGAACUUCUGAGCGAAGUUACGGAGCGCGAAUUCCCUGAACUUCGCAAGGAUAUCAAAAACCAGAUUGAUUCGUGCCAUCAAGAUCUGGUCCGCCUGGGCCCUGCACGCCAAACUGAACAGGAACAGCGUGCGUUCUUGAGUGGUAUAGCUCGCCAGUUUCAGAGCCUCGCACAAGCUGCACGUGAUGCUCAUUAUACAGAAAAUGAAGCAUUUGUAGAGAGUGACCUCCGGCUUAUCACUCACAUUGUCAAUUUUUCUGAUAAAUUCAGCUCAACUUUCCAGGCUAAAGCGCAUCUUUUGCCAUUCGACUGCCCUACCUCAGAUGCAGUUGACAAGAGACAACCAUACAACGACAUGAACAACAAUCCGCACGGGAAGGGCCGCCAUAAAAACUGCCCAAGGGUGAAACCCGACAUGCAUGCCCAUAUUCAAUUCAAUUUAAUUCAUAUUCUUAUACCUGAUUGA